AUGAGUAAUCAGGCAUUGACAUUGGAUCCCAAUACAACACAUCAGUACCUGUGUCUGUCUGAGGGGAACAGAAAGGUGACAUGGAGUGAUGAGGACCAGUCCUAUCCUAACCAUCCUGACAGAUUUACCUCCCAUUACCAGGUGUUGUGUAGAGAGGGUCUGUCUGGAGUCUGUUACUGGGAGGUAGAGUGGAGUGGGGAAGGGGUUGGUGUAUCUGUCUCAUAUAGAGGAAUCAGCAGGAAAGGAAGAGGGUUGAAAUGCUUAUUUGGGUCUAAUGAUCAGUCCUGGAGGUUAUACUGCUCUACAUCCAGUUGCUAUUUCUACCACGAUAAAGACAGGACUGAUAUCCCUGUCCCAACCUCCUCCAGAAUAGGAGUGUAUCUGGACCACAGGGCAGGAACUCUGUUCUUCUACAGUGUCUCUGACACAAUGACCCUCCUCCACAGAGUUCAGACCACAUUCGCUCAGCCACUCUAUCCUGGGUUCUUUGUUGAUACAGGAUCUGUGAAGAUACUAACACCAAUUCAGUGA